UCAUAAUAGUUUCAUAUGUUUGUCAAACUCAGCAUAAGUACAAAAAGCAUAUAAUUUGUUAUGAGAGCACACAUGUGAUAUUUUUCAUAGUGAGAUUUGUUUGCAGAGCUCUGAACAACAAUGGUGUCAUAUCUUCACACACUUCUAGCUUUACCUUUAUUAGUAUUUUUCCUUUUCAUGAAAUACAAAACCAAUAUCAAGAACUCAUCAUCAUCAACCUUUCCAAAGGGUCCAAAAGGUCUUCCUAUAAUUGGAAAUCUCCAUCAACUUGACACUUCAAAUCUCCAUUUACAAUUUUGGAAUCUCUCAAAAAUCUAUGGUCCUCUUUUCUCUCUUCAAAUUGGUUUCAAGAAAGCAAUUGUUGUUUGCUCAUCUAAACUAGCUCAAGAAAUUCUCAAAGAUCAUGAUCAUGAUGUAUCUAGUAGACCUCCAUCACAUGGUCCAAAAACAUUGUCAUAUAAUGGUAUAGAUAUGAUAUUUUCACCAUACAAUGAUUGUUGGAGAGAGAUAAGAAAAAUUUGUGUUGUCCAUUUCUUUAGCUCCAAAAAAAUUUCUAGCUUUGCUCAUGUGAGAAAAUCUGAGGUCAAGCUAAUGAUUGAAAAGAUAUCUAACCAUGUUUGUUCUUCCAAAAUUUCAAACCUUAGUGAGGUCUUAAUGUCUGUCUCAAGUUCUAUUGUAUGUAGAAUUGCUUUUGGAAAAAGUUAUGAGCAUGAAGGGGGUGAGAAAAGCAGGUUCCAUGGUUUACUUAAUGAGACACAAGCUAUUUUCCUUUCCUUUUUUGUUUCAGAUUAUAUUCCUUUUAUGGGGUGGGUUGAUAAACUCACAGGGGCAAUUGCUCGUGUUGACAACACUUUCAAGGCUUUGGAUGAGUUCUUUGAACAAGUCCUCAAGGAACAUCUCAAUCCUAAUAAUAGGAAAAAAGAUGAUGAAGAGAAGGAUAUAGUUGACGUGUUACUUGAGUUAAAGAAUCAGGGUCGUCUCUCAAUUGAUCUCACCAAUAAUCACAUCAAAGCCGUCGUUAUGAAUCUACUUGUAGCAGCUACUGACACAAGUGCAGCCACAUCAGUUUGGGUGAUGACCGGAUUAAUAAAGAAUCCAAGAGCAAUGAAGAAAGCUCAAGAAGAAAUUAGAAACAUCAAAAAAGAGUUCAUAGAUGAAGAUGAUAUUCAAAAGUUUGUAUAUUUUAAGGCUGUGAUAAAAGAGACAUUAAGAUUCUAUUCACCAGCACCACUAGCCCCUAGAGAGACCAGUAAAAGUUUCACACUAAAUGGAUAUAAAAUAGAACCAAAAACAUCAGUGUUUGUGAGUAUUUGGUCUAUUCAUAGGGACCCCGAGACAUGGAAAGACCCCGAUGAGUUUUAUCCAGAGAGAUUCUUAAACAAUGAUAUAGAUUUUAAGGGACAAAAUUUCGAGUUUAUUCCAUUCGGUGCAGGGCGUAGAAUAUGCCCUGGCAUACCAUUAGGAAUCGCCACAGUAGAAAUGAUAACCGCAAACCUUCUUAACUCUUUUGAUUGGGAAAUGCCUGAAGGUAUGACAAAGGAAGAUAUAGACACUGAAGGAUUGCCAGGACUUGCUAGACACAAGAAGAAUCACCUUUGCCUUGUUGCCAAGAAUCACAUGUAAAUGUCGCAAUCGACAGUUUUUAGUAUACGCUGGUAUGCAAGUUGCUUAAUUAAUCUAGAUUCUAUACAUUGAUGUUGUAGGUAAUUACAGUGUGGAGGUAUAUGCUUGUUUUUCUUUAUGUAUAAUGGUUUAUGCAAUAUUUGUAUCAGAGAUUGAUAUAAACACCGUGUCUGCUUGCUUGUGAUUUAAGUUUUUAGAUGCAUUACUGAUAAA